AUGCCCCGAGAAUUGGCAUUGCCACUGCAAGAGUUUGACUGGGAGAUAUACGCACUGAGUCAAAGUUCAAGUGGGAUCAAAGGACUGUACUAUGUAUUGCUGGAUUUGCUGGAGACAACAGGAUCGGCGAAGCACCAGAAUACACUUGUGUUAGUUAUGGGCGACGGAGCUCUUGGAGGCAGCGGAGCGGAGCAGACAGAAGCGACCAAAGAGUUACUAACCAAGUUCCUUGGAAAGAAC